AUGAGCCCAACAAGGGACUCAUCCAGCGCCAACUCGUCGCCACCGCCGGCAGACGAAGCCCCUUUAGCCACGGAAAAUUCGGGUGUUGCACUAACCCGCAUCGAGCGACAGCUUGAAGGGCUAUUGGCCCAUUUCCCAUCACUGGCCACGCAGGCACAUCAGUCGUUGACCUCGCCGGUUGCAGCUGAGAAAACUACGCCGCAACCACAGCGGCGUCUCAUUCGAGAAUCCAACGCCACCCAGCCCGCGCAGGAAACACAGCGUGUUCUCACCCCACCGACACCAGCUUACGCUCCUCCAAGACGCCGAGACCCCCAAACACAAGUCCGCCCCCGCAACGCAGGGUGUUGCCGCCGCCACGCCCCAACACUCGCCCUCGCACUUGGACCUCCCGGCCGACCCGAUGAGUGGUCAGCACCGCUGCACGCGGUGCAUGAACGCGAGCAACAAGUCUCCCCCAACGCCCGCCGGACCGAUGACAACUACAAGACGUGGCGGGCUGAGAUAUGGACGAUCUUGGACGCCUCCAACUUGCUGCCCCCGCUGCUCAAGAACGAGCGCAUUGAAGAUCAAGACAACGAGGCGCAGCGCAGGCGUUUUCAGCAGCCCCUGUGCGUGGCGCAGCGUGAGGUUGUGAUGGCUCUCAGCGAAGAGCUUCAAGGCCGGUUCUCAAAUGUGAUUGAGCGUGCUGACCCGGUGUUACUGUGGAACACGCUGGCCGACCACAACGACAACCGCCCUGGUGUCAACACGGUGUUCUUGAAGCGCGACCUUCUCAACCGCCGCUUGCAGCGCGAUGAGCCAUUGGAGAGAUACAUCAAGGACGUGGAUAACUACAAGCAGCGCCUUCGCCGAGCCAACCAGCAACUACCAGAAGUAGAAGCUGUUUCAAUCCUAUUAUAUAAUAGAGAUGGAGUAUACCCAGCGGUCGUUAACGAACAUGAAGUACGGCUUGCCCGCGGCGAGUCCAUCUCAUGGGAACAGGCCAUCGAGCGCCUUCGUCUUGCUGAGCACGCACGACAAGUAACUGAGCGUCAACAAGGCAGUAGUGGACGUGUAGUUCAACACGACGUUGCAUUUGUUGGUGACCGCGGAGGUGGUCACGGUCUCCAAGUCGAAGCACAUCUCCCCGAGGCCGCAGCAAGCGCCAGAAGAGCAAGAGUUCGUCGCGUGGCAGAGAAGCCAUUGCUGCCCGAAGUGCAACGCGUGCGGGAAAUCGGGUCACUGAUGCGGCGACGCCGAGAGCUCCGAGCGCAACAACUCCGGUCGCAGUAA